AUGAAAUAUCGGUAUGUCAGAGCCUACGAAAACUCGUCCAUAAAUUCUUUCUGCGUGGUUCCAGGCACAACGUCAUCAGAUCUUGUUCUUACUGGAGGAGGAAAUGAUUUCCGCAUCAAGUUAUUCAAGCUAGAAGUUCAGGAUUACCAGCAAUCACAAUUAGUGUUUCCUACAUAUCAUACCAAUUCGAUCAAUGCCUUGGAUUGUUCGCAGGCUGGGGAUUUCUUCAUUUCGGCGUCUCAACAUAAAAUUGUCGCUAUCGACAUGGUAACCCAGAAGAAAAUAUGUCAAUUGACUAAUACUCCGGUGUCAAUUCGAGAUGAAGUUCUCGAUUGCAAGUUGCUCAAUGAUAACUUGGUGGCUUCUUGUGGAGUCAGUCACCAUUUGAAUUUAUUUGACUUGAGACAAUCCACAUACAAGGCUAUUUUCUCCAUCAACAUGGGUAACGACAACUUGAACAGUUUGGACUGCAAUCGUGUUAUGGGCACAAACGAGUUCGACUUCACUACCGAUUCUGCCUCUGUAGGAAGUUCAAAUGGAAACUUGUACACCGUAGAUUUCCGCAACCAGCAGUUGAUCACAGACUCGUUUCUGGAGUUGGGAAGCAUAAUGGCUGUCUCUCGGAAAGGCGAAACUCGAAGUUUAAUCACUUUAGGUGACGGAAGUGUUGUUGGCUUCGAUAAUCGUGAAAACAAACGUGCUUGGUCGUUUAAUAGAGGAUCUCUGUUAAACUACAAGCUCAAUUCAGAUACUAUUCCCCAAUUCAAGUAUGUGAUUACAUGUUCAGAAACAGGUCAAUUACAUACUUAUACACAUGAAGGGAGACUCGUCCGUAGUUUGACUAUACCAUCUCUAGACUCUAGCAUUGGAGAUUCUCCAGAAGCUCUAUUGCUCAAUAUUGUUCAUUACCAAAAAGAACAAAACCGAAUUUUGUCGACCAGCGGAAACGGAAUUAUACAUCUCUGGGACGAUGUCUUUUCGUAG